AGAGGAGGGGGAGAAACGGAGGCCUGGGAGGGGCUCUUGACACCCACCCAUGCUUUGUUUUCAGGGUGCCGGUUCUCCUCCCAUCAGAGAAAGUCCAUCCAUCUUGGAGACUUGACACCAACACAUUCCUUUUGUUCAGCAAGGUGAGAGAUCUCUGGCGUGUUUCUUCUAUGCAGGCCCCUUCUCCUCCUCUUCCUCCUCCAUGCACCAUGGAGACCAUGAACAGGCACCAAGAAGGCGGCCCCCAUGCCUGCCCCAGCCUGGCCUCCAACCCCAACUUUAUCUGUGUCACUGCGAAAUCUCCCAAGGGCAGUGCCCAGUUUGCGCUGCCUCAGGAAACGACCAUCCGGCAGUUCAAGGAGGAACUUUCGAAGCACUUCAAGUGUAAGACACACCAGUUGGUGUUGGUCUUCUUCGGGAGGAUCUUGAAGGACCAGCGCACCCUCCAGCAGUGUGGGAUCAGUGAUGGGAUGACUGUCCACCUGGUCAUCCGAUCCCUGAAGAGUGGCCCAGAAGACUCUACUCAGUCAUCCUACAUGCCCAGGACCUCAAGCUGCGCCCUGGCACCAAUCUCCCAGGGUUCUUGGGGGCCUCUGGAGUGGCACCAGAUGCCAACCUCAGAGAUGGUUGUUCAGAAGGUACGGCAGCUGAUCUUGGCCAACCCAGAGAUCCAGCAACUGUCUCAGCAGUUCCCUGCCAUCUGCCACAUCCUGAACAACAUGGGCAUCAUGCGGGUGAUCUUGGACAAGAUGAGAGAAAUUAUGGACCUCGCAAAGAACCCUGACGUGGAACAGGACCUGAAGAAUCCAGAGUCACUCCUGAUUAGUGUUCAGAGCAACACUCCCGGUGGAGACAACCCCUUGAGGCAACUCAACAGUGAGGUUCAGGAGCCAGGGCUGAAUGCAGGCCAGGACCCCCUUGCCACCCCUAGCCCUUAUGUCACCCUGGCCAGGAACCCUUGUCCAGAACACAAGGCCAGGAGUGGAGAGGGAGGAGGCUCCCCGUGCUCCGACUCUUUCCCCAUCUCCAACAGCUACGGGAGGUUUUGCACCAACAACUCAAGCAAUGAAGAAAGUGGCCUCUUCAGCAGUCUUCCUGGUCCUCUCGGGCCUUCCCUGUCCAGCCUUGGGCCCAACCCUGGGGCAGGAGCAGGUAACGUAGGGGGGAUCCAGGCCCUGAUUGUAAACCUCUGCAACGCCUACACCCAGCGCGUGAUGCUCUCCCUCAUGCAGAAUGCGCUGCUGGCCUCUGAAGGGAUGCAGGCCGCCCGCCAGGACCAUGUCCAGCAGCAGCUGCAAAACUUCUAUCGGCAGAUGCAGAGGCCAGAGAUGGUGGCGGCCUUGUCCAACCCCAAGGCCAUCCAGGCCUGGGUGCAGAUGGAGCAGGGCCUGCAGAUGCUGAUGGAGGAAGCCCCGGUGCUCAUCCCCUGGUUCUUGCUGCGCUUGAAGGGGCUGGGGCACACGUCUGCGAUGGGAGCCAUGGCCACCGGCUCUCCCUCGGAAGAAGAACCGGCUGUUUUGGAGUAGAGGCAUGACGCCUCCUCUCUUGGGUGGGCCUCACAUCUUCUCCCAGGAAGGCAGGGGCUGCGCCAACUCCAAGGUCAGAUUGGCAGCCCCGGGUGCAAGUUGGAGAGGCACCAUUCCCACACAGCUGGCCUGCUGGGAACCAGAAGAAGCAGUUCCAGGAAGUCAGAGGGAAACCAGGAGAUCUCCUCUGCGCUGGGGGUGACAUUCCUGCCACAUGUUCUUCAACAUCCGCUCCACGUUAUAAACCAAAACUGAAAGACAA